ACCACUUCUAGACUUCAGUUUCUUCAUCUACAAAAAGAUAGGAGAAGGGCGGGACUAAGACGGCCUUUGAGGGUCCUUCCAAAACAAAAUCCUUACUUCUCAGGUAAGGGGAAAAAGCGGGGCUGGAGACGAGCCAGAGAAGGUCCGUGCGCAUGUGCACGCACUGCUGUCCUUCGCUUUUCCUCUCUAGGAUCUGAGGACCGCGCGAGUCCAGCGGGCGCUUGGGCGCAUGCACGCCUCUACGUCUCCUCCCCCUCCCUUCUCUACCUCCUUCCUUCUCCUCGGGUCCCGCCCCCUCCCGCGGGCUCGCGCAUCCCGGUCCAGCUGGGCGCGGGCACGGACACUUCUGGAUCGUGGCUGCUGGCUCUCCUCCUGCUCCUACUCCCCACCGGCCCGCCUUGGAAGCCAUGGCGGAGGCAGGCUCGGUGCCGCCGCACUUGUUGCUGCCCCCGGGGCUGCUGAAGCUAUGCGCGCUUCUGGGAGCUCACCGGGAGAGUCUCCACGACCUGGAGCAGGUUGCCCAGAAAAGGGGAAAGAAAAAUCUUCUUUCUCUUGAGCCAGAAGUUCUCUCUGUCUUUGUACCUCCAUUUAUCAGUAAAGAGGAUGGUUCAACAGCUGGUGCCAAUUGUAAUAAUCUGAACAAAACAAGAAGAAGAUCUUUCAGAAAAAAGAGAGAGAGGCUCAAAACUGAAAACUGGAAGAGCUCCCAAGAAGGUCAGAAAGUUACCGAUAUGGAGGAUGUUAGUAUUCCAAAUGAUGUGGAUCUGAGUGCUUUGCCACAACUGUGCUUUCCAGGAGGACUCUGUGUAGUUCCUGAGCCCAAAGAAGACCAGGUACAUUUCCUGGUUCUUACUGAUGUAUGUGGCAAUAGAACAUAUGGCGUGGUUGCACAAUACUACAAACCUGUACAAGAUGAACACUGCUUCUACAAUGGCAAAACACACUGGGAAUUACCUGGACACACCAUGCAUGCUGUCGGCUGCUUUGUGCCAUUUGCUAUUUGUCUUAUAUCUCGAUAUCCAUAUUAUAAUGCCUUCAGAGACUGUCUUUCAUGUUUGUUGGCACAACUGAAACUUUGUAAGGAUUUUGAAGUCGAUGAGCGAAUAAAAGAUUUUGCUGCAAAAUUGUCUUUAAUCCCUAGUCCUCCACCUGGACCACUCCAUCUGGUAUUUAACAUGAAGCCCCUUCAGAUAGUGUUUCCUUCACGAGCAGAUCCCGACAGCCCCAUCAUAGACCUGGACCUUCACCUUCCUUUACUGUGUUUCAAACCUGAGAAGGUAUUACAGAUCAUAACUUGCAUUUUAACUGAACAGCGAAUUGUCUUCUUCUCUUCGGACUGGGCUCUUCUUACUCUUAUUGCUGAGUGCUUCAUGUUGUAUCUUCACCCUAUUCAGUGGCAGCACACCUUUGUACCCAUUCUUUCUGGACAGAUGCUGGACUUUGUCAUGGCACCUACGUCUUUCCUUAUGGGCUGCCAUGUUGAUCACUUUGAAGAAGUUAACAAGGAAGCAGAUGGUUUGAUCCUAAUAAAUAUUGACAAUGGAAAUAUUACAUAUUCCAAAGUGUCGGGUGAUGAGAAUGAUGAUAUUCCAGACAUCCCUUUACAAGCUGCCCAGACAUUCAUUCAAAGGGUAGAAAGCCUUCAGUUGCACUAUGAUCUAGAACUCUCCCAUCUAAUGCCCAGCACAGACUUAGGUGAGGUUCAAGCACGUAGAAGGGCAUGGCAACAAAAACGGAAUUCUGAAAUGCAGCAAAUUACUUUACAACUAAUUGUUAAUAUCUUCAGAGAAGUAAAAAACCAUCUCAAUUAUGAACAUAGAGUGUUCAAUAGUGAAGAAUUUCUCAAAACAAGAGCACCAGGAGAUCAACCAUUUUAUAAAAAGGUGUUAGAGACCUACAUAUUUCAUUCGUUCCUUAAAGCUCGUCUUAAUAGAAGUAUGGAUGCCUUUGCUCAAAUGGAACUUAGCACUGAGUCUGAGGAAGACAGAAUGAAUAUCAUGCUUGUUAGCCCAAGAAGACCAACAAUUGAGAAAAUGGCCUCUCGAAGAUUUCCCCUCCAGCAGUUAGCUAAAAGACGAAUGGUAAUGAGCAUGCCAAAUCUACAAGACAUAAAUAUACCUGAAUUACCCCCAAGGAAUUCAUCACUUCGGAAAAUAGAAACUGUGAAUAGUUGUAAAGGCAAUAAUACAGUUCCAAAGUUGACCUCCAAAUCAGUGUACACAUUCAAGAUACCAGAAAUACAUUUUCCACUGGUGAGUCAGUGUGUUCAUUCCUAUUAUGCUGAUUUUAUCAACCUUCUGAGUAAAGCUAUCAAUUGCCCACCAUCUGAUAACUCUGUGCUGCUGGCGAGGUAUCUCUACCUUCGAGGACUCAUUAAUUUAAUGCAAGGGAAACUCCUGAGUGCACUUUCAGAUUUCCAGAGUCUAUACAAAACGGACAUAAGAAUUUUUCCUGCUGAUCUCAUAAAUAGAAUGGUGGAGUCCAUGUCUUCUUCGGAGCGUUCCCAAGCUGAAAGGCAGCCUGAGCUGAAAAGACUUAUUAGUGAAAUCAUGGAAAAGCCAAGAGAAGUCACAAAGGUAGAUGACCACGUGAAAAACUUUGAGCUACCAAAGAAGCAUAUGCACCUGGAUGAUUUUGUGAAGAGAAUACAGGAAUCGGGAAUUGUGAAGGAUAUCAAAAUUAUCCACCAGCUGUUUGAGGCAUUAACUGUAGGGCACCAGAAGCAAAUUGACCCUGAAACAUUCAGAGAUUUCUACAACUACUGGAAAGAGACAGAGGCUGAGGCCCAGGAGGUCAAUCUUCCACCGCAGGUCAUCGAGCACCUAGAUAAAAAUGAAUGUGUCUACAAACUGUCGAGUUCGGUCAAAACGAACUUUGGAGUGGGAAAAAUAGCCAUGACCCAGAAGCGCUUGUUCCUCCUUAUGGAAGGAAGACCUGGCUAUAUGGAAAUUUCUACCUUCAGAAAUAUAGAGGAAGUGAAAAGUACAACUGUAGCCUUUCUGGUUCGAAGGAUACCCACUCUAAAAAUUAAAACUCUUUCCAAAAAGGAAAUCUUUGAGGCUAAUCUUAAAACAGAGUGUGAUCUUUGGCACUUGAUGGUCAAAGAGAUGUGGGCUGGAAAGAAAAUGGCUGAUGAUUAUAAGGAUCCCCAAUAUAUCCAGCAAGCACUGACUAAUGUUUUGUUAAUGGAUGCUGUGGUUGGUGCGCUUCAGUCAUCAAAUGCUAUUUAUGCUGCCUCCAAAUUAUCUUAUUUUGAUAAGAUGAAGAUGGAAAUGCCUAUGUCAGUUCCAAAAACAACUUCAGAGACACUGAAGCAUAAAAUAAAUCCCUCUUUAGGAGAAACCAGCCCACAAGCCAUAGAUAUCUUGCUAUACACACCAGGACACCUUGAUCCAGCAGAAAAGAUUGAAGAUGCCCAUCCCAAACUGUGGUGUGCUUUAAGUGAAGGCAAAGUGAUUGUAUUUGAUGCAUCAUCCUGGACAAUUCAUCAGCAGUCCUUUAAAGUCGGGACUGCUAAGUUGAAUUGUAUGCUGAUGGCGGAACAGAAUCAAGUUUGGAUUGGCUCUCGGGACUCCAUUAUUUAUAUUAUUAACAUUCAUAGUAUGUCCUGUAACAAGCAACUCACUGAUCAUCGCUCUAGCAUCAUGGAUUUAAUUGUAGAAGAUGGAAACAAGGAAUCUAGCAGCAGUGAAGUCUAUUCAUGCAGUCUGGAUGGAGUAGUCAUUGCUUGGAAUGCCAGCACCCUGAAAGUGAAUAGGAGAUUUCACCUACCCUGUCAGACUCUGACUUCUAUUAAACUUCACAAUGGCCGUCUUUGGUGCUGUAUAGGCCACAGCAUUAUGGUUGUGACAACAAAUGGAUUUUUUCGGCAAGAACUGAAAAUUGAUGAGCUUUCUAAGGAAAUAUCCACCUCCUUCCUCUGCUUCCAGCUGGUUCCCGAGCAAGAUCAGGUCUGGGCGGCAUGUGCUGGACACACGGACAUAUACGUCUGGAACAUAAAGGAUUUCUCAAGGCCACCUCAUCAAAUUCAGCUUCAAGACUGUUCUGAAAUCAGCUGUAUGAUCAAAGUGAAGAACCAGAUCUGGGUUGGCAGCAAAGGACUGUCCCAGGGGAAAUACAAAGGAAAAAUCUAUGUGAUUGAUGCUGAUAAGAGAACUGUAGAGAAAGAGUUGGUGGCUCACGCUGACAUGGUAAAGGCUUUGUGUUCGGCAGAGGACCGAUAUGUGCUGAGCGGUUCAGGCAGAGAAGAAGGAAAGAUUGCUAUUUGGAAAGUUGAAUAAUUUUUAGCACUUUCAGAUGCAUUUCCUACAGAUUGUCAGUAGGGUGACCAGAAAAUAGGACCAUUGAGGAGUAUUUUAAACUCUAAAAUUUGUACCUUUGUGGUUGCUGUACAUUUAUCACAUUUUUUUUAAUGGAAAGAAAUGGAAGAACCUUUAGAAGUCCUUUAGUCCAGCUCAUUCAUUUUCAGAAAAGGGAAGUUACUCAUUUAAAGUCAUAGAACUGUGACCAAACUCCACCAUGAUAUUGCUGAGACAAUCGCCACUUUUGCCAGGUUAAAUUCCACUCUGGUCCCUUUCCUGGUAUAGCAAAUGGACCAAGACUUCUAUUUGCUCCAAGAUGAUCCCCUCAGUGAAUUCUUGGCUGUGCUUGAAAAUUCUAGUAACAAUGGUGCUAGGACUUGUAAGAGUCAAUUGGAAAACUUUCUGACCAAAUCCUAGAGAGACUCUGCCGUGUCCAACCGUCAGACCGUGUCGUGGGUCUACUUGCAGAGCCACAGGUUUGUGAUUAAAAGCUUUAUGUUUUUAUUUAAAUUUUAGAUGAAUUUCAUGAGCUUGCUUACUUUUGUCAUUCAGUCUUCCAUAGCUGUCACCCGUCCCCAUCUAAGAUCAAGCUCAUGAUUCCCCUGUGUAGACAGCCCAGAAAUGACCAUUGGAGCUGGCUCUUUGGGUUACACACCUAUGUCCAAUGCCCAAGUUUUUUAAGUACCUCCUCACUUGUGUCAUGAAGGAAGCUUCAUAAAUAUUUUUUAGUUUCUAUACUCAUUACUUGAAUAAUAAGAUUCUUUCAUAAGGGCAGCAUUUUAAAAGCACACCCAUAAAAUUUACUUUUAAAUAUUGUAUAGCCCUCGGGUUGGGUAUUAAUCUCACCUACAUAGAAGCUGUCUACCAGGAAUACAGGGACAACUUGAGGGUUUUUCUGUGCUUAAUUACAUUUGUAUAUGGUGCUGCAAAAAUAAAGGAGAAGGGAGUUCUGGGAAGAGUACAUCAAUGUUAAAAUGUUGAUAUUUCAGUAAUUCAAUUAUCUCUUUUCACUGGUCUCAGUCUCUCUCUGAUUACAAACUGAACUUCCUCAGUUCUUUAGCAGACAGUUUCAUAGGUUGUUAUAACUACCCCACCACCACCACCACCACCCCCGGCCCAAAUACCCUGCCAGCGUUCUAGGAAUGAUAGUUGUACUUGACUGGGCUAGUGCUCAGACUGCAAACACCCAGCUGCCUUUAAAGGUAUAGAACUUAUGUGACCCUGGGCAAGUCACUUAACCCCCAUUGGCUAGCUCUUACCACUCUUCUGCCUUGGAACCAAUAUACAAUAGUGAUUCCAAGAUGGAAGGUAAGGGUUUUUUAAAAUCAAUCAAUCAAUCAAUCAAUAAAUGAGCAAACAAACAAAUAAAUAAAUAAAUGAAAAUAAAAGUAUGGAACUUUGGGAGCUUGCCUUUUUCUGGCACGACCUUCAAGCCCCUCUGGCUCACCGCCAUGCCAUGAGAAGCCAUGAUAGAAGGACUUUCAUGGAGAUUGAAACAAUUUUUCAAAGAAUUCUUAUGGUGGAAUGGCAUUCUUUUAUUGGCAAAAUCCAGGACAAAGUCAAUGUGAUGGAAACAACUGGUUUUGGGGGUCCAUUGGAAGGAUUUCUACUUUGGACAUGUAAUACUUGUAGUAUUAGAGAGAACCCCAUCCCCAUGUGAGUAUCCAUCGCAGGUAUUUGCAUUCCACCUGCCAUUGGAACCCUAUUUGGGCGCCACUUGUCACAGGUUCCCAAUGAAAUGUGUUUAGUGGAUGGAAACAAGAUUUGCUUUUAACAAACCUGUUUGGGACUCUCCAUUAUGUCAGACAUAAUGGAUGAAAAUAGAAAUCUUGAGUCUAAGGUCCAUAUGUCCAGGCAUUAUGAUCCAGGUAUUUAGACAAAGCCAAUCAUUUUCCCAUUUUUUUCUUUCUCCUCCCACCACCUCCUCGCCCCAAAGAAUCCAAAAUGUUGAGUUUUUACAUACAUGACCUUUAUAUGUAGGUCUUCCUAACCCAGUACCAGUAAUUGAUCCCUCAAAAAUAGAACACUGGGUGAUAAGAGUGGCUAGAUGUGGUACAGUGAGUAGAGGGCUGGACUUGGAGUCAGGAAGACGUGAGUUCAAAGCCUGCUUCAGACACUUCUUAACUUUGUGAUUCUGGGCAUGUCGCAACCCUUUAAACUUUAAUUUCCUCAUCUAUGAAAUGGGGAUAAUAAGAGCACCUACCUCCCAGGGUUGUUGUGAGGAUCAAAUGAGGUAACUUGUUAAGCACUUUGCUAUCUGUCGUUAUCGUCAGAGUGAUAUUCCUUAUCUCAGAGGAUCAGCAUGAGAAAUACGUGAGACAACUUAUGUAAAGUGAACACAUCGCUGUCGCUUUACAGAAACUUGGUUCCACAGAAAUGACAUUAGGCAUGGACACAUCAAUCAAUCAAUAAGCAUUUAAGUGCCUGAUGUGUGCCAAGCACUGUGCUAAGUGUGCUGGAGAUAUAAAAAGAGGCAAAAAAGGGGCCCUAGACUCAAGACACUCAAUGAGCACUCGCUACCUAAUAAUGUUCUGGCGAGAGAAUGGUAAAAUCUGGUUAUAAUGACAGUGAUAUUAUUGCUGGAUGACCUCAUCAUUGCCUUUUCUUAUGAGGUGUGCCUGUAAAUGUGUCUGAAGCUUAGGGUUACCAUAAUGUAAUAGCUGGUAAUUUAUGAGGAUGUUAUUUCAGUGAAAGUAUAACUUUCCUAUUUUAAAUCAUGAAUUCUAUGCACACAGAGGGUGUUUUAGCUGUUACCAGCAUUUUAAAAAUGGUGUUUUGGAGACUUCCAGCCUUACAGAUGAUUCUACUGGAUUCUGAGAUGAAGGGAAAUAAAUGUGUUGUGUCCAAGGUUGUAAAUAAUUUUUAAAAAAGAAAACUGCUUUUGUAAACAAAACAAAAUCUGAAUAGUUUAAACUAUUUAAUAACAUGCCAUGUAUACUUCAUUGACUAAACCUAUCUCCAAUAAAACAUUUAUUUUAUAAA